UUUCCGUCCGAUUGAUCGAGGGCGAAUUAGUCGCGAGUCGCGGUAUCUUUCGUACGUUUUUUGUCCGGACACAGAGGAAGGAACAGGAAAAGGAAACAAACGAAGAAUAGUCGUACGAGAUAAGGGAUAGGCAAGAACAAAGAUGAAGAGUCUGAACGUUUACCUGCUGGUCGCGUUCAUGGUCGUCCUGAUGACCGUCAAGGAGACCGAGAGCAAAAAAAUGACCAUAGAAGAUGCCAAGAAGGCUAUUAAAAAUUUGAGGAAAACCUGCUCGAAGAAGAACGACACCCCUAAAGAACUUUUAGACGGUCAAUUCAAAGGCGAAUUCCCAAAGGACGAAAGGCUGAUGUGUUACAUGAAAUGCAUACUAACUUCGACCAAAACUAUGAAAAACGACGAAAUAUUGUACGAUUGGUUCAUAAAAAAUGCUCAUCUCAUGUUGACCCCCGAAUGGGCCGAGCGAGUUGAGAAUACAAUUAAUGCAUGCAAGCCACGCGUGACAGCGACGGAUGGAUGCGAAAUGGCAUGGCAGUUCGGCCAAUGCGUUUUUGAGACGGAUCCAGAGCUUUACUUGUUACCGUGAACGGUUCAUCAACGAUGAGUUUGCAGAAUGAUCGGACAAGUUAUCGUUGUCUUGGUCAUCGAAAGGCGGUUAAACCUGGCUGCAGAAAUUCUAAGACUAAACCAUACUGUAGAAGAGUGUAAUUAACCGACGAUUAUCAACAAUCCAGACAUCAGAAUGCCAAGACAAACUGUCAGAAACAACUAUUCAUUUUACGACUAAUGGGUCAAUCGAUUUAUUUGUAUGAAAUAAUAAAUUAAGGUUGACCGUCUUUCCAAAUGUUUCUAAUUAAGAUAAAGAAAACUACAUGUGAAUUUUACGGAAAAAAACACGUUUUAUAAU